AAUAUCGAGCAAUAUUGCGAGCAGAUCAGAACGCAUUCACCGUCUAGCGGUAGUUAAUGUUUCUUCAAUUGCCAAUAGCAAAUAAAAUAUUUCUGUUAAAGUACUGUUACUCUAAAUUUGAUUUCUUGUAUCUUUUAAUGCCAACAUUAUAAUUAAUUAGUGAGUUGUACGAAAAAAAGUGAGGAAUAAGUGGUUACAUCGUUGUCACAAGACAAUAGACGUUGCAAUGGACGUAGAUCCAGUAACGUCAACAUCUUAUCUUUCGAUCGCAACUUUUUCUCUGCUGGCUACGCUGGUCACAGCUUUAAUAGUAGCUUAUUAUUACGUCGAAAGAUCUCGAACAAUUCGAAUGAUAAAGAAAAUACCAAAUCCACCAUCCGUACCUAUUUUAGGUCAUGCAUUACUAACUCUCGGAGAAGUUCCCGAAAAUGUAAUGCAGAGAGGUCUUUAUUAUUUUGACAUGUGUGGACGUGUAGUAUCUGCAUAUAUAGGUUCAAAAGCAGCAGUCUUCUUGAAAGAACCAGAAGAUAUUGAAAUAAUCUUAAGUAGUUCUGUGCAUAUCGACAAAGCUGAAGAGUAUAAAUUUUUCAA